CCUCUUAAAUCUCAGCCCACCCAUUGGUUGAGAAGGAAACAAACUUUACUGUUUUGGGUGAAAAGUACCGUUUUGUUUUAAAAGCAGACGGUGUAUGUUUAUAUACUUGGAAAUCUUUAAAGCAGAAAAGCAUUACAACUCAUAUGCCAGCAAAAAACGUGUGUCGAUGGACGUUUAAGAAAAGAUGGUAACGUUGUUUUUCACGGUUGUUCCCCUCCAUUGAAACGACGUGAUGGAGAAAGAAAUGUCUGCGGAGUGCAGCACUGAUGUUCUGGUUAGUUUCGGGGAGUCGCUGCACAUUUACACAGGACUUUUAACAGUGUCCACAGUGUGUGGAGGGCUGUCGGGAAUAUUGGCUGCUGCUCUUCUGUAUGUCUUCUGCCUGAAGCCUUUGCUGUUGACAAGACAAGGUUAUAAUGCAAGGCGGCUGCUUGAACCUGAAGAUGGAGAAUUGGACAACAACCAAAGUGACUGUGUCAGCAACAGCAGAAAGGAGGCUCCAAGUGGCACCGACAAUGACAAAGCGAAGAAGCAGGCACCCAUUAACAGUGAGGUGGCUGCAUUUGCCUCCAGAGCAAAGGUGGUUUAUCCUAUCAACCAAAAAUACAGACCAUUAGCAGACGGAGCAUCCAAUCCAUCACUCCAUGAGCACUCCAAGCUGCCAGCCGUGCCAAAUGAGCAGUCAUCCUUCUCCUCAGACGGAGAGUCUCUUAGCCAGGAGCAGGACAACGAUGGCAGCAGUCAGUUCAUCUCUUCCUCGCUGGUCCCUAAAAGCCUGCAGAACCAGAGCUUCACCAGAGUCUCUCACUACCCCCACACGCUGACUAAACCAGGUUUUGAAGGUCGGAUUAGUCUUUACUGUUUGGCGCUGCAGGAUAUACAACACUAUUGCUCCCAGAUUCAAGAAGAAAAAUACCAGAUUUUCCUACAGAUGGUCAAAAUGAUAUUCAGCGGCCAUUUUCCAAAAGACCAAAAAGAAGCUGACUUCUCCAAGAAUAUUCUACAAACGCAAGAAAAGGAAUUUAAUGCACUGAAGAAACAAUUACUAACAGGUCACACUGUCCGUGAGGAAAAUGCAGAUGAUCCCUGUACUUUGGAGGAGAUAGAGAGAACUCAGAAAGAUCUUAUUGAACACAGCCUUCAAGUGGCUAAGCAUUUCAGCAAACAAGUGGAGGACUUGUGUCAGCAUCUGCUGGGGAAAAACAGCAUUUUCUCUCCAGAUGAAGCCCAGGAGGUGAUCAAUUCGCUUGUCCAGACUCUUCUGUUUGUAGAGAACCACCUGAUGAACUCUCAAGACGCUGAGCUAAAGAGGAUCCAGCAGAAGUUGUUGUGGUGGGAGGAGCUGACGGGGCUCCUUCAGUCCCAACCUGCCUUGCUCUGGCGGGAGGUGUGGCUGAGGCAGGGGUUGAUAGCAACAACACUAGAGCAGCUGACAAGCGAUGACAUAUUGACCUUUAGCCAAAUGGAAAAGAUUCUCUCAGAGAUACAGGCAACUCUGGCUGAAGGCCUCCAGCGGUGCACUCAAGAGUGCAAAAGAAAGACAAACGAGCUGGUAAAUGAGAAGUGCAGCAGACUGGAGUCCAAGAGGAAGAAACUUUUGAGGAGCCUGACCAAGGAGAAGAGCCGUACACAAGAACUAAGACACAACCACACUGACCUGCAGCAGCUCACCAAGGUGCACCAGGAGCGGCUGCUGAAACACAGGCAGCAGAUCUCUGACUUUGAGCUGCAGCAGGACAACCGGCUGACUGAGGCCCUCUGUGACCACUGGAAGAAGCUCCGUACCUCCUGGUCAAAAAAGCUUGGAGAGCUAGCAAAGGGCAUUUUUCUCAUCUCUGUCCCUGCUCAGUCAGAGCUCUCUGUUGAGCGCUGUGUGGAGCUGUGGUCAAAUCUGGAGGAGGAGCUGGUUGCACAGCUGCAGCAGUCAGAGUGCACUUCCAAACUGCAAUUGGAGGACAUAAGGGCUCAGCUGGAUAAGGAUGGACAGAUGUGGAGUGAGGAGAUGGCUCUGGUUCAGGCCUGUCUCAAACAUCUGAGUGAACAACAGAUGAAGAUCUUACGAGACAUGUUGGCCAAACAGAGCUACACACUCAAUUGCCAAGUAGCAAGGUUGAUAGAGAGGAAACAUGAGCACCUGUUGGUGAUGGUGCAGAGGCAUUUUGUGGUCAGGCAUUUCAGUCUGCACAUGCUAAAGGAGAUGAGGCUGUCCAAGCUGAAGGCACUCUCUCAGACUGAUUUCAGAGCUGAGCUAAUGGAAGAUCCCAUUAAAAGCCAGACCUGUGUCAGUUCAACUCUUAAGAACAGCAGUGUCAGCCUAGCAGAGAGACAUCUGGGUCCAGAGAGUCAGCUGGUGGGCCACAGCUUCCAGCAGGAGUUCCUGUCUGAACUGGAAACAGGGACAGAGCUUCUUCAGAGUCACGCACAGCUGGUGCUGGGCAACGCGAUCAGCCACACAAUCCAACAGCUGAUGGAGACCACGCACACGGACUCACAGAGCUCUCUGAAACAGGGCGACAGCUUCAAGCACCACCUGAUAGAGGCCGCCUCAGAAAGUGUGUAUGUAACCAAAGAUUCUCUCACUGAAAUCGUCCAAAGCUACCAUUCCCAACUACAGGACAUAAUCAAACAAUUACAGCAGGAUCAAUCAAACGUACAUCAGGUGGUGAAUGAGGAAGAAGAGAACAGCAGUCAGCUCCACAAGUCCUUGCUGAGAGAGUUGGCGAACUGGGGCAAGAAAUCCACCUCUGCUGAGUUUCAACAAAGGGUUGAACACCAAAAAAGGAAGGCUUUGGAGCAGUGUGAGCUAGAACAGGAAAAGAUAUAUGAGGAACUGAGGCUGAAGAGAAUAGUCCAGGACCAGACCAUGGAAAAGAUCAAAGCACAGCUGAUGGACGCUGAAGAAAGCUUUAUAACCAAGCUAGCAGCCUUGGCCCGGAUUUCCCUCCACAGUCCAGACUUAGUUCCCAGCGAGGAGGAGGACAACACAGGUACUGAGAGUGCUAAUAUACUGGAUCUGCUUUCCCGGAACCCAGCUUUGGAUCCAGCCUUGAAUCCUUCACUGACUCCAACAUAUGUAACUCCAGUGGUGAAGUCAAAACCAAAGAAGAGAGAACAAGACUCUCAUCACAGUUGAUAUCUAAUCUACAGAAGCCCUAAGCUGACAUGCAUCCAUACAUUUAGUUUGCUUUAUUUUCCUGUGAAAAUUAGUUAUUCACGGUCGUUUUCUCAAGCUCUCAAAUGAAUCAAAAUCAUUGUCAUCCUGUGAUAAUGACGAUAAUAACGAACGACAUACAGGAAUAUUUAAUGUCCUUGUUUCAAAAUAACAAAGCUUGUUAAUAUGCUGGUUACUGUGAUAGGCCUUUGCUCACAGAUGCCAGAUAAGUAAGAUGAGCUCUCAAGAAAACAACCAGAAGUGAUUGAUCACAUGAAAACAGUACAGAGUACAGUACAUAAAUGUAUGGGUGCCUGUGGGGCUUCCAUUCUUAACACAGUAACAUUUACACAUUGCUGUAGCUGUGCCUUGUAAAAAAUGAUUUUUAUUGUAAGUGUCUCACUAAGUAACUACACUGCUUCUCUGUGUCAAUAUUGUGGUUAGGAAAGUAGUGCAGGCUUGUUUUUAUGAAGCAAUAAGCAACCUUCCCUAAUUUCUCUGUAAAUGGUCUGUCCUCUAUAAGUUUAAAUGUGUGCUUGAAGUAAGUCUUGAAAGUGUCAAUAUUUCCUUUUCCCUCAAUUAUAUUUGUGUACAUGUCAUGAACAAGCAAUAUAUGGAUCUAUAAAGAUAAUGAAGCAGAA